AUGACUACUGAACACAAAGGUUCUUGUUUAUGUGGAGGAAUCCAAAUCACCUUUACUGGUGCUCCAAAGAAAAAUUUCAUUUGCUAUUGUCUGGACUGUCGUAAAGGUUCAGGUCAUUUAGGUCAAUUCAUUUCUCAAUAUGACUCUGAUGAUGUCAAAGUUACUGAUAAAGAUUCAAAUUUAAAGGAAUUUGUGGUGACUGCUACUAAAUCCGGUUUCCCAAAGAGAAAGCAAUAUUGUGGUGGUUGUGGAUCAACUAUCCUUACUCUCCCAAUGAAACACAAUGGUGAAGUUGCUAUGGUUAGGCCAUCUCUUCUUGAUUCUGAUUUCUCUCAAUUUGCUCCAAAUUUAGGAAUCUUUGGUGAUGUUAAGACUGAAUAUACCAAAGGAUGUGAAACUGAUGAAUUCUUUUAG